AUGGCAACAGCAGCAGCAGUGUCCAGCGAUGCUGGCUUUCCCAUGUCCGGUGGCCCUUCCAGAACCCCAAAACGGCGCGGAAACCCGUCGAGUUCUUCAUUGGGAGGCCGACCCCGCGGUCCUCCUUCUGAGAGCAAUGGCGCGCCUAGUGAUGACGAGGGCAAUGAAGGCUUCGAGGAUGACCAGAUCCCCAACCGUCGCCCAGCAGACACACAAAACAUCCCCAAGGUCGAGGACAAACUCGGAGUGCUGGUCCAGAAGCACUUCGAAGACUUCAUUGAGGGGUUCAUAGAAGAUCCUACCUCUUCAGGGCCUCCCACAUCCAGCGCCAUCACCACAGACAAAUAUUACGUCGCCCAGAUUCACGGCAUGCGCGCAUACGCACUGUCAACCUUUUACGUCGACUUCAAACAUCUUCAGACAUGGACAGACGGCACACUUGCGGACGGUAUUGUAGAUCAGUACUAUCGGUUCUUGCCCUACCUCACCGCCGCGCUGCACAACAUGAUCGCAAAGCACGAGCCGGCGUACUUCCGCGAGCAUCGCCAGCCCACCGCGUCCAGUACCAUGACCACCUCCGGAGCCAGCAAUGUUGGCUCUGGCAGCCAGUCAGGCCCAGGCAGCAAGACCACGAACCAGCAAACCGACAAGGUCUUCUCCAUCGCCUUCUACAACCUGCCCCUGGUAUCCAGAGUCCGCAGCCUCCGUGCCGGAAACAUCGGCCAGCUUCUCUCCAUCUCAGGGACCGUCACGAGAACCUCUGAGGUGCGACCUGAGCUUUCAGUUGCCACAUUUGUGUGCGAGGCGUGCCGUGUUGUUAUCCCCAACGUCGAGCAGACUUUCCGCUACACCGAACCUACACAAUGCCCCAACGCGACUUGCAACAACCGCCACGCGUGGCAGCUCGACAUCCGCCAGAGCACAUUCGUCGAUUGGCAGAAGGUCCGGAUACAGGAGAACAGUUCUGAGAUCCCUACGGGCAGCAUGCCUCGGACUAUGGAUGUCAUCCUGCGGGGCGAGAUCGUCGACCGGGCCAAGGCUGGUGAGAAGUGCAUUUUCACGGGCGCUUUAAUCGUUGUGCCAGAUGUGAGCCAACUGGGUCUUCCAGGCAACCAUGCCCAGGCCUCUCGUGACGACCGCAACAACCCUCGCGGUGGUGAUGCUGGUGGCAGUGGCGUCAGUGGCUUGAAGGCACUUGGUGUCCGUGAUCUGACAUAUCGUCUGGCUUUCCUCGCCUGCAUGGUGGCUCCCGACACGACGAACCUGGGUGGUGGUGUAACUGACAUCAUUGCAUCUCUGAAUUCUUCGAAUAACGAGAAUGCGCAACAGGCCCAAGAAGCGGUCCUCGCUUCAUUUGGACCAUCAGAGAUCGAGGACCUUCGGAAAAUGGUGCACAGUGACCACAUCUACUCGAGAUUGGUCAACUCCCUUGCACCAAUGGUCUACGGCCACGAGGUGGUGAAGAAAGGUCUCCUGCUGCAGCUCAUGUCUGGUGUUCACAAGUCCACUGCCGAGGGGAUGCAGCUGAGAGGCGACAUCAACAUUUGCAUUGUCGGCGAUCCAUCUACAUCCAAGUCACAGUUCCUGAAAUACGUCUGCUCAUUCGCACCUCGCGCCGUCUACACGAGCGGAAAGGCGUCUUCGGCCGCCGGUCUGACGGCCGCCGUUGUCAAGGAUGAGGAGACUGGCGAGUUCACCAUUGAGGCCGGUGCACUUAUGCUUGCUGACAAUGGUGUCUGUGCUAUCGACGAGUUCGACAAGAUGGACAUUGCCGACCAGGUCGCUAUCCACGAGGCCAUGGAACAGCAAACCAUCUCUAUUGCCAAAGCUGGUAUUCAAGCCACCCUGAACGCGCGGACGUCGAUUCUGGCUGCUGCCAACCCUGUCGGCGGUCGGUACAACCGCAAGACCACUCUGCGCGCCAACAUCAACAUGUCCGCGCCCAUCAUGUCCCGUUUCGAUCUGUUCUUCGUCAUCCUCGACGAGUGCAACGAGAAGGUCGACCGCCACUUGGCUGAGCACAUAGUUGGCAUCCACCAGCUGCGCGAUGCCGCCGUCGAGCCCGAGUUCAGCACUGAACAGCUGCAGCGAUACAUCCGGUUUGCGCGUACCUUCCGGCCCGAGUUCACCGAAGAGUCCAAAGAAGUUCUCGUUGAGCGGUACCGCGAGCUACGCGCCGACGAUGCGCAGGGAGGCAUGGGAAAGAACAGCUACCGGAUCACAGUGCGUCAGUUGGAGAGUAUGAUCCGGCUGUCCGAGGCCAUCGCCAAAGCGAACUGUGUGGAGGAAAUCACUCCAGACAUGGUGAACGAGGCGUACAAUCUCCUCAGGCAGAGCAUCAUCUCCGUCGAGCACGACGACGUCGAGGUCGAUGAGGAUGACGAGCCCGUCGAGGACGCCGAGACACUCCUCCGCGCUGCCUCUGAGGCUGCCGGCGUCCCCGCAGACCAGGACGGUGAUGCCGAGAUGGGCGAGGAGCACGCGGACGAGGAGAUGGCCGACGCUGGCGAGGGCUCCGCCCAGCCGGAGAGGCGCAAGCAGACGAUCUCGUACGAGAAGUACAUCAGCAUGGUCAACAUGAUCGUCCAGCGCAUCGCCGACGACGAGGCCGGCAGCGGCGAGGGCAUCGAGGGCGAGGCCCUGAUCCAGUGGUACCUGGAGCAGAAGGAGGACGAGCUCCAGGGCGAGGAGGACUACAACAAGGAGCACGCGUUGGCGAAGAUGGUGCUGAAGAAGAUGGUCAAGGACAACAUCCUAAUGGGCAUCCGUGGUCAAGGCAUGACUCCCGCCGCCGAGGAUGCUGCCGGAGGGUCUGCGGCGCCGCAGGCGGCCCAGGCCCAGGAUAUCGUCUACGUGCUUCACCCCAACUGUGCGCUUGAGGAGAUCAGCUAG